AUGGAGGAUUUAAGUAAAAGUGCAGUUUACAGUAAACAAUUUUCCCUAAGCCAAAAUAAACACAACAGUGAGAGACUGCAGAGGCUUGAAAAGAGACUGAGCGGACUACAUUUCAGCAUCGAAUUGCAGAAAAAUGAAAAGAUUGAUAAAUUAAACGAAAAGAUCAACCUAUUGGAGGAGAAACUGGUAGAAAUGAAUGAAAACUCAAAUCGGACCUUCGAAAAAUUGAAUGAAAAGCUGAAUGACAUCAGAAUAGAUGUUAUUAAUUAUAAGACUGAAUUGGAAGAGUUUAAAAAUGGCCACAGGAAAAAAUUAGAAAUCCUUGAGAAUAAAGCUGAAGAUUUUAUAAACAAAGAAAAGGAAGAAUGGAAUAAACUCAAGAUUAAAUUAAUAAAAGAUUUUCAGAAUAAGGCUAGCUUAUUAAAAGAAGAAAUAACGGAAGAAUAUGGACUCUUGGAAGAAAAGGAAGAAUCACUAAGAAGAUUUUACGAUAACGAAAUUAUGAACCUCAAGUCGACCGUUCAAAAUGAAAUAAACGAAAGGAUCAAAACAGAAAAAGUUAUUCUAAGGGAUGUAGAUGAAAAAGUGAACGAAAUUGUUAAAAUAAUUAAAAAUGAGAAAAUCACAAGGGAAAACUACUCAGAAAACCUUGUGUCCCUCAUUGAGCAGUACUUUUCUCAAAUAAAAAAAGAAAUUGACAAGGAGAGGCUUGAAAGGGAAGACACUGAAGAAACACUUGUUCAUUUGAUGGAAGAGGCUCUGGAUAAAAUCGGUAUGCCGUUUGCAUAA